AUGGAGCAAUUUGUUACGGGACUGGAAGAGCUUUUAAAUAAGCUAGCCACAGCUCAAGACUCGAACACUAUUAAGCUUGCUACGUCAACUUUAAAUACACAGUUUUACGUAUCCGCCGAUUGUAUUCCUGCACUUGUUCAAAUUAUUAGUCGUUCACCACACCAUCCCGUUCGUCAACUAGCUGCCGUUGAGGUUAGAAAACGUAUAUCAAAAAAAUGGCAAGAGCUCCCUACAGAUGUAAAAGCCGCUUUGCGUAGCCAACUACUGCAACAUGCACUGAAUGAACAACAUGAAAUUGUUCGCCAUUCUACUGCUCGAGUUAUUUCUUCUAUUGCUCGUAUUGAUGUUCCCGAAGGACAAUGGCCAGAGCUUUUGGGCUUUCUAAAUGAUGCCUGUAAUAGUAGUACAGACAUUCAUCGUGAAGUAGGCUUUUAUUGUUUAUACACGCUGUUUGAAGUCAUUGCAGAUUUUUUCAUGGAUCAUACUGGGCCAUUAUUUGAAGUAUUUAUGAAGGGUAUUGCGGAUCCUCAAAGUAAAAGAGUCAGAGUGACUACAGUCCUGACAUUGGGCAAGUUAGCAGAGUUUAUUGAAGCCGAUGAUAAAGAAAACAUUAGAUUAUUUAGAACCAUGAUCCCUGGUAUGGUCAAUAUUUUAGAGCAGUGUUUGACGGAAGAAGACGAAGAAAGCGCGAGUGAAAUUUUCGAAGUAUUCGACACCUUGCUAAUGUUGGAAGCUCCCUUAUUAUCCAAUCAUUUGGCUGAUUUGAUUAGACAUUUCUUAAGUAUUGGAGUGAAUCAUGACUUGGAUGAUGCCCUUCGUGUUAUGGCUUUAUCCUUCCUUAUGUGGGCAGCCGUAUACAAACAGAAUAAGAUCAGAAGCCUAAAGCUUGUAGGUUUCUUGGUUGAAGGCUUGAUGCCCAUUGGUACUGAAGAAGAUCCCGAGGAUGUUGAUGAAGAUUCUCCCUCGCGUCUUGCCUUUAAAGUUUUGAACGCACUCUCAACAAACUUACCGCCUCAGCAAGUUUUUCCUGUUGUCAUGCCAUUGGUAUUAACGUACAUGCAAAACCCCGACCCCAAUUAUCGAAAAGCAGCCAUGAUGUCUUUCGCCGUUAUCAUUGAAGGAUGUGCUGAUUUCAUGAGCCCUAAAUUAAACGAGCUGCUACCGCUAGUUUGCACAGGCUUACAGGAUCCGGACAUUAUUGUUCGUCGCGCUGCUUGUAUGGCAUUAGGCUGUCUCGCUGAAGAGAUGCCCAGCGAUAUUUCCGAGAAUCACCAAAUUUUACUGCCACUUGUCUUCAAUUUGAUGAAUGACACAAACUUGGAAGUAACAAAACAUGCAUGCAAUGCUCUAGACGCUAUUUUGGACGGUUUGGGCGAUGAAGUAUUACAAUACCUACCCUUGUUGAUGGAAAAAUUACUAUUUCUUUUGGAUAAUGCACCCCAAACAGAAACUAAAGCUACAGUAAUAGCAGCUAUUGGCAGUGCUGCCCAUGCUGCAGGAGAAUCAUUUGAGCCUUACUUCAACAGCGUCAUGCCUCGUAUUCGCCAUUUAAUGUCAUUGAAAGAAAGUACAGACGAGGCAUUACUACGCGGUGUAGCUACAGACUCUGCUGGUGCUAUUGCUGAAGCUGUAGGUGCCGAAAAAUUUAAGCCUUUUGCUCAAGAACUCAUGACUUUGGCUAUUGAGCAACUUAAUUUGGAUUCUCCUCGUUUACGCGAAUGCUCCUAUGCCUUCUUUUCCAUUAUGGCCAAUGUCUUUAGCGAAGACUUUGCAGCUUAUCUCCCCACCAUCAUGCCCUAUAUAUUCGCCUCUUGCAAAGCCGAAGAAAGAGAUGACACUAAUGUAACUGGCGAAAUAGACUUGACUUUGGGUGAUGAUAGUUUUGAUGACGAUGAUGAUAACGCUUACGGUUAUAACUCUGCUAUUGCUGAUGAAAAAGAAUUUGCAGCUGACGCCCUUGGCGAAAUUUUUGAAAACACACGAUCUCAAUUUUUACCAUAUGUGCCAGAAGCUGUUCAAGAUUUGACAGAGUUGUCUUUACAUGUAAUCGAUGGUGUCAGAAAGGCUGUCGUGGGUAGCCUGUUCAGCUUUCUCAAGACGUUUUAUAUCAUGUCGGGAAUGGAGGAUUGGAAAGCAGGCUUACCAAUCAGCUACCCUGUGCAUGAAAAUGUUCAAAAUAUGACCGCAGUUAUUAUUCCUACAAUUUUGGCAAUGUGGAAAGACGAAGAUGAGAAGAUGGUGGUUGUCCAAAUUUGUCAGGAGCUGACGCAUUCACUUAAAUUAAUGGGCCCUAGCAUCGUUGCCGACCAUCUUGAGGAAAUUUCUCGCAAUAUCUUGGACAUUUUUGAGAAGAAAUCCAUCUGUCAGCAGAACUAUGAUGAGGACGACUGUUUAGAUGAUGAAGAAGAAGCCGAGUCUGAAUCGUUACUUAUUGGAGCUACCAGCGACCUUGUCGCCACCAUUUGCGUCACCGUUGGAGAAAGCUAUUCAUCUUACUUUGAUGUAUUUAUGCCAUUAAUCGCAAAGUACUAUAAAAAAUCAAAGACACCAACGGAGCGUGCUAUGGCUAUUGGUUGUUUAGGGGAAUGUAUCAUGGGUAUAAAAGCAGCUGUAACACCCCAUACGGAACGGCUUUUACAAACCUUCUUAAAAGCUUGUGCAGACGACGAUGCGGCCGUCAGAAGUAAUGCGGCGUAUGCAUUAGGUUAUCUCGCUGUCAAUUCUCAGGUUGACCUCAGUUCCCAUUAUGCCACCAUCUUUACCGCACUACAUCCUCUUUUCCAAAAUCAACCUGUACCUACAGUGACAGAUAAUGCUACAGGUGCCGUCGCUCGAUUGAUCAUGGCACAUCCCAAUGCUAUUCCAUUAGAUCAAGUCUUGCCCGUAUUUUUAAGCGUGUUACCGUUAAAAGCUGAUUUUGCAGAGAACGAACCAGUUUUCAAUUGUUUAUUUUCGCUCUUCCGAGCUAAUAAUGCUUAUAUCCAUAGUCAGGUGCCAAACCUGUUACCUAUCUUUCAUCAUGUAUUGAUCAAUGAAGAUCAAAUUGAAGAUAGUACGCGUGCUGAAUUGGUUGAACUUUUACGCGCAAUCAACGUUCAGUCACCGGCAUUAAAUAUUGCCAACAGUGAUUUAGCACAGUUUCUGUAG